AUGCAUGGAGUGCCCCAAGGGAAAUCCCCACAUCGUCCUCAAGCUCCAUUGGGGCUCCCCCAAUGGAGAUUGAGAUUAAAUCCACCCCAUCAGCAAUCGCGUCGUCAAAAGCCGCCAGCAAGGCGUCCGUCUGGCACUCGUCCAGGCUGCACGCCUUGUACGCCACCACGCGGGCAGAUGGGACCCCACCCCUUACAGUUCCACCCGCGAUGCCGUAGAAGCUUGCCCCCGGGACAAGGUUACCUGCGGCCGUCGAUGCUGUGUGGGACCCGUGCCCGAUCAUGUCCCUUGCUGAGUCGUCCGCGUGAAGUUGAGUCCGCCAUUGCAAGCUCCUUUCCAUUUGGUGGGAGGAGGGCCGAAGCCGUUGUCGGUGAAGCUCUCGGAUUCCGGCCAGAUUCCGCUGUCGAUCACGCCGACAAUAGUGUUGCUCUCGAUGCUCGGGUUUCGGUUGGCGUUUUCGGGGAAUCCCAUGAAAUCCCAGGAUCUUGUGGUGUGAAGAUGAUAGGGAAAAGAAGAUGUACUAGCCAACUGAUCGCGCUCUUGAGAAGUGAGGUAGGCUGCGAAUCCGUUGAAACUUCUCGU